CUCAUCACAAUAAUUCUCUCAUCACACACACAGCUCUUGAAAACACAUCGUAAAGCAACUUAAAGCUCAAUUUCGAAUUUCGAAACUUCUGUUUAUUAUUUACGUUAACUGUUCAACCGAUUUAAGGCUAACUAUGGCGGAAGAGUACAAGAACAACGUCGCGACAGAAGAGCCAUCAACGACGACGACGCCAGAGAUUAAGGAACGGGGAAUGUUCGAUUUCUUGAAGAAAAAGGAGGAAGUGAAACCUCAAGAGACGAAUACUCUCGCGUCUGACUUCGAGCACAAGACUCAGAUCUCUGAACCAGAGCCGUUCGUGGCGAAACACCAAAAAGAGGAAGAGAAGGAGCAUAAGCCUACCCUCCUCGAGCAGCUUCACCAGAAACACGAGGAGGAAGAAGAGAACAAGCCAAACCUUUUCGAAAAACUCCACCGAUCCAACAGCUCUUCUUCUUCUUCGAGCGAUGAAGAAGGUGAAGACGGUGAGAAGAGGAAGAAGAAGAAGGACAAGAAAAAGAUCCUCGAAGGAGAUGCGAAAACAGAGGAAGAGAACCAAGGAGUGAUGGAUAAGAUCAAGGAUAAGUUUCCACACGGCGUGAAAACAGAGGGUCAUGAUGUACCAGUCGUCACCAACAUGCCAGCACCACAUCCAGUAGAGCAUCAAAAACCAGAAGAAGAAGAGAAGAAAGGGCUAAUGGAUAAGAUCAAGGAGAAGCUUCCUGGCCACAGCAAGAAACCAGAGGAAUCACAGGUCGUCAACACCACACCGUUGGUUGAAACAGCAACACCGAUUGCUGAGCAUCCGGAGGAGAAGAAGGGAUUUAUGGAAAAGAUCAAGGAGAAGCUUCCAGGUUACCACGCCAAGACAGAGGAAGAGAAGAAAGAAAAGGAGUCUGCUUAAGAAAAUGAUAAGAACAAAUGAAUAAUGUGAUGUGGGAGUGGCCGAGUGGGACAUUUGUUGUGUUUUUGUUAUCAUACUCUCUUUUCUUUAAUUUUAAGCUUUUCUCCAAAUUUAUGUAUUAUUUGUGUUUUAAUCUAAAAAAAUUGGCUUUUUAAUAUAAGGCAUCAUU